UGACCAGCUUAGGCUCCUCCCGGUCUUCAAGAUGGCGGCGCCCAGGGCGUCCGGCUGCACGUGAGAAAGAGUCUGGGGACCUGGGAAUCAGAAAGUGCAAGAGUGUGAGCCAGUUUCUUCUCCCUACCGUCGGUUACAUCCCUUCGACCCUUCCCUAGGUCCUCGCGGCCGCUGCCUGUCUGCAGCCAUGAAGACAAAGCCCGUUUCCCACAAGACUGAGAACACGUACCGGUUUCUUACGUUUGCUGAACGACUGGGGAAUGUGAAUAUUGAUAUUAUUCACCGGAUUGAUAGAACUGCAAGCUAUGAAGAGGAAGUUGAAACCUACUUUUUUGAGAGUCUGCUGAAAUGGAGAGAAUUAAACCUUACGGAACACUUUGGGAAAUUUUACAAAGAAGUUAUUGACAAAUGCCAGUCAUUCAAUCAGCUGGUUUAUCAUCAGAACGAGAUAGUUCAGAGUUUGAAGACUCACCUGCAAAUCAAGAACAGUUAUGCCUAUCAGCCGCUUUUGGAUUUGGUUGUACAGUUGGCACGAGAUCUGCAGACAGACUUCUAUCCACAUUUUCAGGAUUUUUUCCUGACUAUCACCUCGAUCCUGGAGACUCAGGACACCGAGUUAUUAGAAUGGGCUUUCACCUCGCUAUCAUAUCUUUACAAGUACCUGUGGAGACUGAUGGUGAAGGACAUGUCCAGUAUAUACAGCAUGUAUAGUACACUCCUGGCUCAUAAAAAACUACACAUAAGAAAUUUUGCUGCUGAAAGCUUUACUUUUUUGAUGAGAAAGGUUUCUGAUAAAAAUGCACUUUUCAAUUUAAUGUUUCUUGAUCUUGAUAAACAUCCAGAAAAAGUAGAAGGAGUCGGACAGUUGCUCUUUGAAAUGUGCAAAGGUGUUAGAAAUAUGUUUCACUCCUGUACAGAGAAGGCAGUGAAGCUAAUUUUCCAAAAGCUAGGACCAGUUACUGAAACAGAAACGCAACUACCAUGGAUUUUAGUUGGAGAAACACUCAAAAGCAUGGUCAAGUCCACCGCGUCUUACAUCUACAAGGAACAUUUUGGUACAUUUUUUGAAUGUUUGCAAGAAUCACUUCUGGAUCUACAUACGAAAGUAACCAAAAGCAACUGUGGUGAAUGUUCUGAACAGAUAAAAAGGUUGCUAGAAACAUAUCUGAUACUCGUGAAACAUGGAAAUGGAUCAAAGAUAACCAAACCUGUUGAUAUUUGUAAGGUGUUGUCUCAAACAUUACAGAUAGCCCAUCUCUCCACGUCUUGUCAGGAGACCCUCUUGGAUGUAAUUUCUGCUUUGAUCCUAGGUGAAAAUGUUUGCUUGCCAGAGGCCCUCGUCAAAGAAACCGUAGAAAAAACUUUUGAGAGCAGAUUUGAAAGACAUUUACUUUUGGAUUUUUCUGAAGUCAUGUUUGCUAUGAAGCAGUUUGAGCAGCUUUUUCUACCAAGCUUUCUCUUAUAUAUUGAGAAUUGCUUCUUGAUUGAUGAUGCUGUGGCCAAAGAUGAAGCUCUGGCUGUUUUGGCCAAGCUCAUUCUGAACAAAGCAGCACCUCCCACUGCUGGCUCGAUGGCCAUUGAGAAGUACCCUCUGGCUUUCUCACAACAGAUGGUGGGAUCUUAUGUAAGGCAGAAGAAGACUAGAUCCAAGGGAGGAAAGGAACAGAUUCCAGCAUUGGACCAUCUUUUGUCUAUAAUUCAGUUACCCCCAAGUAAAGACGCUACUUACCUUUCACAUUCUUGGGCAGCCCUUGUCGUGUUACCUCAUAUUAGACCUCUUGAGAAAGAGAAGGUGAUACCCCUAGUCACAUGUUUCAUAGAGUCACUCUUCAUGACUGUUGACAGAGGGAGCUCUGGAAAAGGAAAUUUAUUUGUUCUUUGUCAAGCUGUAAAUACUCUGCUAAGUUUGGAAGAAUCUUCUGAACUUCUUCAUUUGGUUCCUGUGGAACGCGUGAAGAAUUUAGUGUUAAUGUUUCCUUUGGAGCCAUCUGUGUUGCUGUUGGCUGAUCUCUAUUAUCAGAGAUUGUCCUUAUGUGGCUGCAGGGGGCCACUUUCUGAGGAAGCUUUAAUGGAAUUAUUUCCCAAGUUACAAGCAAACAUUUCAACUGGUAUAUCCAAGGUUCGACUUUUGACAAUAAGGAUCCUAAACCACUUUGAGGUUCGACUUCCAGAAUUGAUAGAGGAUGAUGGGCUCUCAGAGCGUCAGUCUGCCUUUGCUAUAUUACGCCAGGCAGAACUUGUUCCAGCAACUGUGAACGAUUACAGAGAGAAGCUUCUUCAUUUAAGAAAACUAAGACAUGAUGUGGUGCAGACUGCAGUCCCUGAUGGGCCAUUACAGGAGGUGCCACUUCGUUAUUUAUUAGGCAUGUUAUAUGUUAACUUCAGUGCUCUCUGGGAUCCUGUUAUUGAGCUCAUAAGUUCUCAUGCACAUGAAAUGGAAAAUAAGCAAUUUUGGAAAGUCUACUAUGAACAUCUAGAAAAAGCAGCUACACAUGCUGAGCAAGAACUGCAAAGUUAUAUAAGAGAUGAGGAGAAGCCCACUGGAAAUGAAAGUUGGGAGCAGACUCAGGAAGGAGAUGUUGGAACUCUUUAUCUUGAGCAAUUGGCAUUGAAAACCAACUGUCAGGACAGACUGGACCAUACCAAUUUUCGAUUUUUGCUCUGGCGAGCUCUAGCAAAAUUCCCAGAGAGGGUAGAGCCACGGUCCAGGGAGCUUUCCCCACUUUUCUUGAGAUUUAUCAACAAUGAGUAUUACCCAGCAGAUCUGCAGGUUGCUCCAACCCAGGAUCUGCGAAGAAAAAGCAAAGGAGUGGCAGCAGAGGAAAUAGAAGAAGAAGCUGCUGCUGGAGAUGAUGAAGAGUUGGAGGAGGAGGUGGUGCCCCAAGAUGAACCCUCACAGAAAAAAAAGACAAGAAGAGCUGCGGCAAAGCAGUUAAUCGCCCAUUUGCAAGUUUUCUCUAAGUUUUCGAAUCCACGGGCCUUAUAUCUGGAAUCCAAAUUAUAUGAACUGUAUCUUCAGUUGUUGCUACACCAAGAUCAAAUGGUGCAAAAAAUAACGCUGGAUUGCAUAAUGACGUAUAAACAUCCACAUAUCCUUCCUUACAGGGAAAACUUACAAAGAUUGCUUGAAGACAGAAGCUUUAAGGAAGAAAUAGUGCAUUUUAGCAUUUCUGAAGAUAAUACAGUAGUGAAAACAACCCACCGAGCAGAUCUGUUUCCUAUUCUGAUGAGAAUUUUGUAUGGCCGAAUGAAGAAUAAGACUGGGAGUAAAACCCAGGGGAAAUCGGCUUCAGGCACCCGGAUGUCCAUUGUUCUGAGGUUCCUCGCUGGGACCCAACCUGAGGAGAUCCAGAUCUUCUUAGACCUGCUGUUUGAACCUGUGAAGCACUUCAAGAAUGGAGAAUGCCAUUCUGCAGUCAUUCAAGCAGUAGAAGAUUUGGAUUUGUCUAAAGUUCUUCCUUUGGGUCGUCAGCAUGGUAUCUUAAAUAGCCUUGAAAUAGUAUUGAAGAACAUUAGUCAUCUGAUCAAUGGGUACUUACCAAAGAUUUUGCAGAUACUGCUCUGUAUGACAGCAACUGUAUCACACAUCCUUGACCAACGAGAAAAGAUACAGCUGAGGUUUAUUAACCCACUGAAAAAUUUAAGACGUCUUGGAAUCAAAAUGGUCACUGAUGUCUUUUUGGAUUGGGAGUCCUAUCAGUUCAGAACAGAAGAAAUUGACGCUGUGUUUCAUGGUGCAGUUUGGCCCCAGAUCAGCAGGCUUGGGUCUGAGAGCCAGUAUUCUCCUACUCCUCUGCUGAAACUAAUUAGCAUCUGGAGCAGAAAUGCAAGAUAUUUCCCUUUCCUGGCUAAACAGAAACCUGGGCACCCAGAAUGUGAUAUCCUGACCAAUGUUUUUGCAAUUCUCUCAGCAAAGAAUCUCUCUGAAGCCACAGCCAGUGUUGUGAUGGAUAUAGCCGAUGACCUUCUUAACCUUCCAGAUUUUGAGCCCACAGAAACAGUUUUGAGCUUGCCAGUAACUGGAUGCGUGUACACAGAAAGUGCAGAUGAGUCUAUCACGACAGGAGGACGGUUAAUUCUACCUCAUGUACCUGCAAUUCUCCAGUAUCUGAGCAAAACCACAAUAAGUGCAGAAAAGGUGAAAAAGAAAAAGAAUAGGGCACAAGUCAGUAAGGAACUUGGCAUUCUUUCAAAGAUCAGCAAGUUUAUGAAAGACAAAGAACAAAGUUCUCUACUCAUUACACUUCUCCUUCCUUUCCUGCACCGUGGCAAUAUUGCUCAGGAUACAGAGGUUGAUAUUCUGGUGACAGUACAAAACCUGUUAAAACACUGUCUAGAGCCUACAAACUUCCUCAGACCUCUAGCAAAACUCUUCUCUGUUGUUAAGAACAAGUUGUCAAGACAAUUGCUUUGUACAGUGUUCCAGACUCUUUCCGAUUUUGAGAGUGGACUAAAGUAUAUUACUGAUGUUGUCAAGCUUAACGCCUUUGAUCAAAGACAUCUUGAUGAUAUCAACUUUGACGUUCGCUUCUCGACGUUCCAGACCAUCACCUCUUACAUUAAAGAGAUGCAAACCGUGGAUGUUAACUACCUAAUUCCAGUUAUGCAUAAUUGUUUCUAUAAUCUGGAGUUAGGAGACAUGUCUUUGAGUGAUAACGCCAGCAUGUGCUUGAUGAGUAUCAUCAAAAAGCUGGCUGCCUUGAACGUCACAGAGAAAGAUUACAGAGAAGUCAUUCAUCGUUCGCUCCUGGAGAAACUGAGGAAAGGAUUGAAGAGCCAGACAGAGAGUAUUCAACAGGAUUAUACCACACUGCUUUCCUGUUUAAUUCAGACCUUUCCAGAUCAACCAGAAUUUAAAGACUUGGUACAGCUUACUGAUUGCCACGAUCCAGAAAUGGACUUCUUUGAGAAUAUGAAGCACAUUCAGAUCCACAGGAGAGCAAGAGCCUUGAAGAAACUGGCAAAACAACUAAUGGAAGGCAAAAUCAUGCUAUCUUCUAAAUCUCUUCAGAACUACAUCAUGCCUUAUGCCAUGACUCCAAUUUUUGAUGAGAAAAUGCUCAAGCAUGAAAAUAUAACUGUUGCUGCCACAGAGGUUAUUGGAGCUAUUUGUAAACAUCUCUCUUGGUCAGCAUAUAUAUAUUACUUGAAACAUUUCAUUCAUGUCUUACAGACAGGACAGAUCAAUCAAAAGCUAGGUGUCAGUUUGCUCGUCAUAGUGUUAGAAGCAUUCCACUUUGACCACAAAACUCUUGAAGAACAAAUGAGAAAAAUUCAGAAUGAAGAAAGUGACUUUUGUUGUUUGCUAAACACAGACACAAUAGAAGUGAUUGAGUUGCCAGAGCAGGAAGCCAUGGAAGUAGAGCAUGUGGAUGAGGAAGAGAAGGAAAAUAGAUGUAAGAGUUUGUCAGACAACGAUGAAGAACUGGGAAACCCUGAUCCAGCGGAUUGUGAAGGGACAUCAGUUAAGGAAGCCGAGUGUAUCGCGAAGUCCAUCUCCUUCCUUCCUCGGAAUAAGGAAGAAUUGGAGAAAACAAUUAAAAAUAUCCAAGGCACCAUAACUGGGGACAUCCUACCCAGGCUACAUAAAUGCCUGGCAUCUACGACUAAGAGGGAAGAAGAGCACAAGCUCAUAAAAUCCAAAGUUGUGAAUGAUGAGGAAGUGGUUCGAGUUCCUUUAGCUUUCGCGAUGGUUAAACUAAUGCAGUCCCUUCCACAAGAAGUUCUGGAAGCUAAUCUGCCAAGUAUUUUGCUGAAAGUAUGUGCCCUCCUCAAGAACAGAGCACAGGAAGUCAGAGACAUUGCACGUAGCACUCUUGCAAAAAUAAUAGAAGAUUUGGGUGUGCACUACUUACAAUAUAUUUUAAAAGAAUUACAGACUACUCUUGUCCGUGGAUAUCAGGUCCAUGUGCUGACUUUCACUGUUUACAUGUUGCUGCAAGGCCUCACCAACAAGCUAAAAGUCGGGGAUUUGGACUCCUGUUUAGAUAUAAUGAUCGAGGUUUUUAACCAUGAGUUGUUUGGUGCCAUUGCCGAAGAGAAGGAAGUAAAGCCGAUCCUCUCCAAAGUCAUGGAGGCACGAAGAAGCAAGAGUUAUGAUUCUUAUGAAAUCCUGGGCAAGUUUGUAGGAAAAAAUCAGGUUACAAAACUUAUCCUUCCGUUAAAAGAGAUCUUACAAAAUACCACGAGUUUAAAACUGGCCCGGAAAGUUCAUGAAACCUUACGCCGAAUCAUAGCAGGAUUAAUUGUAAACCAGGAAAUGACAGCAGAGUCCAUUCUAUUGCUCAGUUAUGGUUUGGUCAGUGAGAAUCUCCCCCUGUUAACAGAGAAAGAAAAGAAUCCAGUAGCCCCUGCACCGGAUCCCCGUCUGCCACCACAGAGCUGUCUUCUGCUGCCCCCAACUCCAGUUCGAGGCGGGCAAAAAGCUGUUGUGAGCAGGAAAACCAAUAUGCACAUAUUUAUUGAGUCUGGGCUUCGGCUUCUGCAUCUAAGUCUGAAGGCUUCUAAGAUCAAGUCUUCAAGUGAACAUGUUCUGGAAAUGUUGGAUCCUUUUGUGUCUCUCCUCAUAGACUGCCUGGGUUCCAUGGAUGUGAAGGUGAUCACAAGUGCUUUACAGUGCCUGAUCUGGGUCUUGAGGUUCCCUCUCCCUUCCAUAGACACAAAAGCGGAACAGCUGACAAAACACCUUUUCCUUUUGCUGAAGGACUAUGCAAAACUCGGGGCUGCCAGGGGCCAGAACUUUCACCUGGUAGUAAAUUGUUUCAAGUGUGUGACCAUACUCGUGAAGAAAGUGAAGUCUUACCAGAUAACUGAAAAGCAGCUUCAAGUUCUCCUAGCGUAUGCUGAGGAGGACAUUUAUGAUACUUCAAGACAAGCCACCGCAUUUGGUCUUCUGAAGGCCAUUUUAUCAAGGAAGUUAUUGGUUCCAGAAAUUGAUGAUGUCAUGAGGAAAGUAUCCAAGUUGGCAAUUUCUGCGCAAAGCGAACCAGUCAGAGUCCAGUGCAGACAGGUUUUUCUGAAAUAUAUUCUUGACUAUCCCCUGGGCGAAAAAUUGAGACCAAACUUGGAAUUUAUGCUCGCUCAACUGAAUUAUGAACACGAGACUGGGAGAGAGUCCACCCUGGAGAUGAUCGCCUGUCUCGUGGACGCAUUCCCUCAGGGACUGCUCCAUGAGAACUGCGGGAUGUUCUUUAUUCCUCUUUGUCUAAUGAUGGUGAAUGAUGACUCUGCCAUGUGCAAAAAGAUGGCGUCUGUAACAAUCAAAUCCUUACUCAGUAAAAUCAACCUUGAGAAAAAAGAUUGGCUCUUUGAUCUCGUGACCACCUGGUUUGGAGCAAAAAAGAGCUUAAAUAGACAACUAGCUGCCCUGAUCUGUGGCUUGUUUGUGGAAAGUGAAGGAGUCACUUUUGAGAGAAGACUUGGAACUGUUCUUCCUGUGAUUGAAAAGGAAAUUGAUCCUGAAAACUUUAAAGAUAUCAUGGAAGAGACUGAAGAAAAAGCUGCAGAUCGCCUUUUGUUUAGUUUUCUUACACUGAUAAGUAAACUCAUCAAGGAAUGUAAUAUUGUUCAGUUUACCAAGCCCUCUGAGACUCUGAGUAAAAUCUGGAGUCAUGUGCACUCUCACCUGAGACAUCCGCACAACUGGGUGUGGCUCACUGCAGCCCAAAUAUUUGGAUUGCUCUUUGCCUCUUGCCAACCAGAGGAACUUAUUAGAAAAUGGAACGCCAAAAAGACUAAAAAGAAACUCUCAGAACCUGUAGCAGUCAGGUUCCUAACAAGUAACCUUGAGCAAAAGAUGAAAAGUAUCUCCCUAGCCUCUUGCCAUCAGUUGCAUUCCAAAUUCUUGGAUCAGUCUCUAGGAGAGCAGGUUGUUAAGAAUUUGUUAUUCGUAGCCAAAGUCUUAUAUUUACUGGAACCUGAUUCUGAGGAUAAGCAAGGUGAGAUAAAAGAGGACAUGGAAGAACAAGAAGCCUUAGGAGAUGGUGUGGCCAGAGAGGAAGUCGGACACCAGGCCCACGCACAUGAGAAGGCAGAAUCUGACCGAGAAGAGAAUGAAGAGGCAAAGGAAGAGAACAGCAAGCCAGCCACGCUGCUGUGGUUGAUCCAGAAGUUGUCCCGGAUCGCAAAACUGGAAGCUGCCUAUUCACCUAGAAACCUCUUAAAGAGAACGUGCAUCUUUAAGUUUCUUGGAGCUGUAGCAAUGGAUCUUGGAAAAGACAAGGUGAAGCCAUAUCUCUCAGUAAUCAUAGCUCCUUUGUUCCGAGAACUGAACAGCACCUAUUCGGACCAAGAUCCUUUGCUGAAGAAUCUGUCCCAGGAAAUCAUAGAAUUACUCAAAAAACUGGUUGGGCUUGAAAGCUUCUCACUGGCCUUUGCCACUGUACAGAAACAGGCUAAUGAGAAAAGGGCACUCCGGAAAAAGAGAAAGGCUUUGGAGUUUGUAACUAAUCCUGAUAUUGCUGCCAAGAAAAAGCUGAAGAAACACAAAAAUAAAAGUGAAGCAAAGAAGAGAAAGAUAGAGUUCCUGCGUCCUGGCUAUAAGGCCAAGAGACAAAAGAGCCACAGCCUGAAAGAUUUAGCAAUGGUGGAGUAAAGUGCUCCCUGUGCUCAUUCAGUAUCUCAGCUUACAAAGCGUGAACUUCCCAGUGUCUCCGCUAGUCUGAAAUCACAGCAGAUUUUAUUAUUAAGCUUUGGCAUAGAUUGUAUAUUAUACAGUUUAAUAUAAUCAUGCUCAUAUUUUUUGAAUUAAAACAUUUCAUAAUAUUACUGUAUCUUCACUGUCUUAAAAGCAUGUGACAUUAGUGAUAAAGAGUUUAAAAUGUAAUUUUUUUAAAAAAAAGGUACACUUUAAAAUAGCAAGACAAUGUAGAAGAAGUUAGGAACACAUGAUUUGCAAUACUUUUAUGGAAUUAUGAACCUUUAUCAAAAUGCAUUAAGAAAGAUCUGCACAAAUGGAGAAACAUAACUAUGUUCAUGGAUAGGGUAAGAGUCUUCCCAGGUUGGGCCAUUGGUUAAAUGUGUAUCUAAGCAAAAUCCCAAAAGAGCUGUUCACAUUAUCCUAACAGGCUGAUUCUAAAAUUUAUAUGGAAGAUAACAAGCCAAGAAUAACUAUGAUGCUUUUAAAAAAGGAGAACGGCAUAGGAAUCAAAUGUUCAAACAUUCACAAACUUCAGCAUCUGUGUUUUGAUGUAGUUUAUGUCUCAAACAGGAGUUCUCACACUUCCAGGGGGUUUGUAAUGUACCAAAAGAAUAAACUUGGGGCAUCUUAGAAGGCCUAUUUUAAUUCUAAGUGAUUUAAAGUACACGUAUUGCUUUAAUAAAAAUUUUAAAGAUCAAAAAA